ACGCCGCGAAACGCGAUCGUAACAGUUGGCACUUUUACAUUAUUCGAACCAGAUUCCAGAAACUGUGUCCGCUCGCCAAUACGUUAUUAAUCCAACGCCUGUUCACGGUUUUUGUCGAUUCCUCCAGACUUGCCGUAUUUUCUCAUCCGAAUUUCACGAUGAAAACUUCACACUGCAUUCUCAUCGCUCUGUCGCUGUGCGCGGUGGCUUCAUCCACGGCCGGUUGUAAGUAUGCCGUCGAGUCGUACACCACCACCGAUGCCAUGAUCGUUACCGAGGCCGCAUUCAUCGCACAAGUGAGCGCCGAGUGUGAAGACUCGCCGUCCAACUUAUAUGCUGAAGUGGAAGGCCGACUUUUAGUAGCGGCUAACGCUGGCCCGAACAAAUACCAAGUCAGUUGGUUAGAUGACUUCAAGAAGGCUCGUCGUGGCGAUUAUCAUGUAAAAUUUUACGAUGAGGCCGGUUAUGGACAACUUAGGAAACUACUUCGUGAUGGAGAAUCUAUCAGCAGUGUAACGCCUGUACACUCUGCAUACGUCCGUUACCCUGGUGCAUACAAAGGUGCUUGGGUCAAUUCUGAAUUCUUGGCCGCAAUUGUCAGCAUGGUGGUUUUGUAUUUUGCGUAUACGUUCAAGUCAAAAAUUGUCUCCUAAUCUUAAUAUUAUUUAAGAAUUAUAAAAUAUUUUGUUACAAAGUCUGCUCGGUUUUUAUGUGACUGUUAUUUUUUAAUUUUUUUUUUUUUUUUUAAUUCAUAGUUUAAAUGUUUUAAAUAAAAUAUUUGAAUUAAUGUAUUAAUUUAAUUCAAUACCAUAAGCUGCCCAAGUACCUACCUAACAUCUAUAAUGAUUAAACAUGUUAUUGAAUUGUAAGAUAACUUUUGUUUGUAAAAUUGGUACAUUUACAAUUUUUUUAAUAUAAUUUUUUCUUAUAA